AAACGGACAUAUUUAAAAUAUGCGAAAUCGAAAUAUAAAUAGUUUUUAUAUUUCAUUAUAGAAACUAGUUAAAGUAAACGUAAUAUAAAAUGUGUAUUUAAAGUACGAAAAAAAUUUACUUUUUUUCACAUUAAAUUUUGUACUGAAAAUCUAGAAGAUAACACUUGAAAUUAUAAACAAAUAAAUAUCAAUUUUAUUUUACACAUAUAAAUAGUAACUAAUAGUGAUAUUUGUAGGGUUAUUCUGUAAUACAUGUGUAUUUAUUUAUGUGGUAUAUUCGAAGAAAAUAGUUUUAAAGAUAAAUCUGUAAAGACAUUAAAAUAUGUAUGUGAUAUUUUACAACAAGUUAUCGUGAUAAAAAAAAAGAAACCUAUUCAAAAUGUCUCGAAUGAGUGAGGGUUCUUCAGACCGUAGUCUAGAGAGGCUGAAUGAAGUGAAAGCCUUCAUCGAAGCCAACAAACGAAACAAUGAUAAGACAGACGACCACGCGGAUGCUGAGCGAAGUCUGACGAAACUGAACGAACUUGUGUUCGAAGAUGCUUUUGAAAUAACAGGUCACGGUCGGUUCAACCACCUGGUGCUGCUGACCUGCGGGCUCAUCAUGCUCAACGUGUCCAUGGAGUCGGUGGGCAUGAGCUACGUCAUCACAGCCGCAGAGUGCGAGCUGAAGCUCACUAGUGAGCAUAAGGGACUGGUGAACGCUGCUGCUUUUAUAGGCAUCAUCAGCACGUCAUUCCUAUGGGGCUACCUGGGCGACAGGUUCGGCCGGCGCGCCGUCAUGCUGCCCGCCAUGGUGGCUUCGGCCGGUUUCUCCAUCGCCUCCGCCUUCUCUACCCACGUGUGGAUGCUGAUGAUACUUCGGUUCUUUACUGGUUGUCUAGUGUCGGCGUCCAGUGCAACAGUGUACGCGUAUCUAGGAGAGAUGCACACCAGCUCGCGUCGCGCCGCUGCCAUCGCCUGGGGAUCAGCUUUUAUAUCCUUCUCCUUUAUGAUAUUGCCAGGUCUAGCCUGGGUGAUAAUCCCUGGUACUUGGUCAUUCUCGCUGUUCGGUUUCAACAUGGUGCCUUGGAGGGUGUUCAUAUGGUGUUGGUGCGCGCCCGGGUUGGUGGCAGCCUCCGCGUUGCUAUGGUUACCGGAGAGUCCGCGAUACUUAUUGUCCUCUAGCGGCCCCGACAAAGCGCUGCCGAUACUGGCGAAAAUGUAUGCCUACAAUCAUGCCACUAGCGAAGGAAACUAUCCAGUGGAAAGGAUAGUGACGGGCACCAUAGAGUCGUCAAAGACGGGCGGGUUCGUGGGCGCAGUCCGGAACAUCGCUCUGCUGUUCCGACCGCCAUUGCUGCGCUGCGUGUGUAUCUCGCACACGCUCAUGUUUGCUGUCUUCAUGCUGUCGAGUGGUCUGUACGUGUGGGUGCCGGACAUACUCAACAGCAUGCUGAGGAGCACCAGCGAGGAGAGCGUCACCAUCUGCCACAUCAUACAUGACAAGUUCGACAGGGCGAGGAACUUGAGCUUGGCAGCACCAGACCAAGCGUGUCACACGGAAGUGUCGGUGCGCGUGUUCCCCAUCUCCAUGGGCAUGGGCGCCGUGUUCGCCGUCACCUACCUGGCCAUCGGCGUGUUCAUCGGCAGGAUUGGCAGGAAGACGCUCUAUUCGAGUAUAAUGGUUGUAUGUGGUGCGGCGACCAUCGGAGCAGCGUUCGUCCCGCAGGGCGGGGCCGCCACAGCGCUGCUCAUCCUGGCGCUGUGCUCCGGAUGCGCCGCGUCCAUCCUGGCUGCCAUCGCUGUUGAUGUGUUCCCCACUUGUCUGAGGGCGAUGGCGAUGUGCGUUAUGUACAUGGUGGGGCGCGCGGGUGCGGCUGUGGGCGCCAACUUGCUGGGCAGCACUCUAGACUUGCAUUGCCAGCUGGCUUUCACUGUCUUUGGGGCUUUCACUGCGGGAUCAACCUUACUCAUAAUAUUUUGGCCUAAACCAGAAGAAAUACGCGAAGAAAUGGAACAAAAGGGGUUAACAUACUGACACCUAUAGGAAGUAAAAUAGGGUUAUUAUAAAUCUAAUCUAGGCAUGCAAUAAAUCUCAAAAUAUUUUUAAUCCUUCUAUAGGGCAAUUAUCUACCAAUGUUUUGAAUCGAUUUUAACAAGUAACCAAAUAUUUUGAUAUGUAGGUGUAUUAAAACCGGAACAUGUGAUAUCCAGACAAACUUUCAGUCUUCUUAUAAAGAGUUAUGUCUGGCCAUUGCAUGCUCAUAGUUUAUAUAUUCUUAGGGUAAUUUUAAUUCACAUACCUACUUGAAAAGACAUACUUUGGCUAAAUAGAAGUCGGUUAAAUAAUCUAACAACUUGACUUUAUUUAAUAUUAGGUUUUAUCUUUUAUCUAUUACAAAGUAGUGUCCACUGGCUCUUAACCUCUAUAAAUUAUAAUGUAUAAAUAAGACUGAUUAUGUUUAUACAAGUGCGUUAUCUUAUAUUGUGAAUAUACCGUUAUAUUUUAAUUAAUAAAUUAUUAUUAUUAAAAUGAAAA